AUCACGUGCUGUUCAACAUGGCGCUUAUGUUCACUGCAACAGCGAGCAUCAAGAAAGCAGUUGGGAUCAUAAAUGAUUUGGCUUCAUCGAAAUUUCCAUUGCUCUUAAACCGCAUCUUACAGAAGCUGCACUUGAAGGAUGAGAGAACAUUCAGUGAAGAAGAAGAAGAAAAACUCCAGUCAACAUUUGAGUUGUCUGCCCCUGAUCUUGAACUUGUUUUAGAAACACUUGAAUUUAUAUUACAACAGGCUGCGUACCACACGGCAAAACCAGCAGUCCUCACAAGCCAGCUGCAGCAGCUGGAGAUAGAUGAUGACAAGGUUCAGGCCAUUGUAGAGAAGUGGACAAGUUGUGCCAAAGAGACCGUACAGAAGCUAAGGGAGAGAACUCUGGUGCCUAAACAGCUUGAGGCUGUUAACUGGCGACUAAACUUGCAGAUGGCGCAGUCAAAUAAAACUAAAUUAAAGUCACCAAAUGCUUUAUUUGAACUUAAAGUUGGUGAUGAGGCAACUGAGGAAAAAGAAAAGAUCCGAAUAGAAUUUUCCCAUGAUGAACUUUACAAGUUCUACAGUCAGUUGGAGGUUAUACAGAAGCAACUGGAUGGCUUGAGCUGAACAUAGCAGACACACAGACAUGGGUCAUGUGACAGGCACAGACAGCAAUAUCGGUAUUUAUCACCCGCGUCCCAAUGUUGCAGUCUGCUGCCACUGAUGGACGUGCAAUAAGUUACUCCUGCGAUAUUGGAAUUGGACAAGCUGAGCGGAAAAUUGUCACCAACUGAUUUAAGUGGCAGCUCAAGUCAUGGAUAUUUUCUUAUUGCAGAGGCUAGAUUAUGUUUUUCCAAUUUAUUAACAAAAAGUGUGAUUGAGUUUGGGAGAAAAUAUAUUAAUGAAAUACUCCAAUUGAUUCCAUUAGUAAUGUGAUAGAAUGACAGAGUUGGAAUGUUGUGUAGGGAUGGUACACAUUGACCUUCCAAAAUACUGUGUACCAGUGCUGAUAAGUAAAGAGUAUGGGGUAGCCAUAUUCCAGUCAUAUACUAUAGGACCAUAGUUACAUGCUGGGGUAGCCAUAUUACAGUCAUAAAGGACCAUAGUUACACUGGGGUAGCCAUAUCACAGUCAUAUACUAUAGGACCAUAGUUACAUGCUGGGGUAGCCAUAUUACAGUCAUAAAGGACCAUAGUUACAUGCUGGGGUAGCCAUAUUCCAGUCAUAUACUAUAGGACCAUAGUUACAUGCUGGGGUAGCCAUAUCACAGUCAUAAAGGACCAUAGUUACAUGCUGGGGUAGCCAUAUCACAGUCAUAUACUAUAGGACCAUAGUUACA